GUAUUGUUUGCUGAUAUCACCUCUUGGUUCCGAACCAUCACCUUCUACCUUCUGUUACCCUCCCUCACCGUUCUUCCUCUUCCUUCUUAUACCACGAUGCCUCCUCGACGUUCUGCUCGGGCUGCGUCAACCAAACCAGCGUCGAAACCGGCCCCAGUGGCCAAGAAGCCUGCACCACGGUCUCGCUCCAAAAAACGGCCUGCCUCUCCCGACCACGAAGCCUUACCUCCUCCUGCUAAGCGGAACAAAAGUGAAGAGCAGAACGUAGAUCCUGCUGCUGAGAGCAAAGCCACGAAACCCCGCACUACCAAAAAACCUAGAAUCAAGGCGGAUGUUUCUGCUGAAGGAGUCCAGUUGAAGCCUUACCUCAACCCUCUUCCUACGCCAUCGGAAACUAAGCGACCCAGUCUACAGCUCUUUGCAUGGGGCGCUGGCAACUUUGGGCAGUUCGGCAUGGGCCCUGACGUCCUCGGAGAACUGGACAAGCCACGUAAACACCUGUGGGCUGAGAAACAGAUACAAGAGGGUGUAUUUGGGCUUGAUGCCGCAGGCCUUGAAGCCGUGGCGGCAGGUGGCAUGCACAGUCUCUUCGUCGAUGAAAGUGGCAAGAUAUGGUCUUGCGGUCUUAACGAUGAUGCUGCUCUGGGACGAGUUACGCAGGACGUGCCUGACCCAGAGAAUCCUGGGUCAUUUAUCGAUAUCGAUACGUUGACAAGUAUUCCACAUCCUUUACAAUCCCUUGUAGAAGAGAAAUUCCGGGCGGUGCAGAUUGCUACUGGUGACAGUAUAUGUGCCGCUGUCAGCGCAGAGGGCGAUUUGCGAGUUUGGGGUUCGUUCCGAGUCAAUGAGGGCUCUCUGGGAUUCUCCAACGGGCUGAGACAUCAGUUCUUACCAGUACCAAUAUCAAUGAAUCUCAUCCACAAACCGGGCGACACCGAAAAAGUUUCGUCAAUCGCAGCAGGUGGCAAUCAUCUAGUGGUGUUGACCACACAUGGUAACAUUUACACAUGGGGUGCUGGCGAGCAAGCUCAGCUUGGAAGAAAAGUGCUUGAACGCCGCAAAAUCCAUGGCACCGUUCCAGAGAAAGUCACCCUGGCUACUCGGGGACGUAAAGGCAAAGUUAUCGGUGCUGGCGUCUACCAUUCCUUUGCUGUGGAUGACAGCGGUGACGUCUGGGGCUGGGGUUUGAACACGAUGGGCCAAUUAGGUACAGGUUACGACAGUGAGGCUGAUUCGCAAGUUCAGCUCCCCAAGAAGGUCCACAAUUUGAGUCCCGCCGAUCUGGGCGGCGAAACCAUCGUCCAGAUCGUUGGAGGUGAACAUCACACGUUGUUCUUGACGUCUGCUGGAAAGGUGUACGCUUGCGGUCGAUGCAAUGCCGGACAGCUUGGGUUACCAGAGGAAAUGCUCAAAGAUGCCGAGCACAAAGACUUUGUACCCGAACCCGUUCAGGUGCCCUUCCCUGAUGACGAUGACCCAGUUGUCUACAUCUCGGCCGGAGUGCACAAUAACAUGGCUGUUACGAAGGAUGGUGCGCUAUAUUGCUGGGGACAAGGUACGCAGGGCGAGCUGGGUGUUGCAGAUGUCGAAAUUCGAAGACCACAUAUGAUUGUUCGACGGGAAGGUGGUUCAUGGGCAGCUGUGAAGGUUGCUUGUGGAGGACAGCAUACACUUGGUUUGUUCAGAAAAAAAUAAACAGCUCCAUCUGCGCUCUAUUAAUUCUUCCUAUCUACAUCCAGUACACUGUUGUUACUCCUAGACGUACACAUUGUAUUUAUUUUUCUAUUAUCAUCACUAGGUUCCCGAAUCUAAAAUCAAACUCGG